UUAUCUUUCUUUCCCAUCCAAAACCCUUUCUCCAUUUUCAUUUAUGAGCAUUACUUGCAAACACUUGAGCUCAGGAACACUCCCAUUUGAAGAUAUCCAAGCCAUAUCUAUGGCUCGAUCUACUGGAGAAAAUAAACAAAGUCCUCCGAAAAGAGUUGCAGUCGUUGGUGCAGGUGUCAGUGGGCUUGCUGCAGCGCACAAGUUGAAAAUCCAUGGCUUGAAUGUCACAGUAUUCGAAGCAGAAGGGAGAGCUGGAGGGAAGUUACGAAGUGUGAGCCAAGAUGGCCUGAUAUGGGAUGAAGGCGCAAAUACUAUGACUGAAGGUGAAGGUGAUGUCACUUUCUUGCUUGAUUCUCUUGGACUCCGAGAAAAACAGCAAUUUCCACUUUCACAGAACAAGCGCUAUAUUGCCAGAAAUGGUACUCCUGUACUGAUACCUUCAAAUCCAAUUGACCUGAUCAAGAGCAAUUUUCUUUCCACUGGAUCAAAGCUUCAAUUGCUUUUGGAGCCAUUUCUCUGGAAGAAUAAAAAACUCGCAAAGGUGUCUGACUCGCACGAAAGUGUCAGUGGAUUCUUCCAGCGUCAUUUUGGAAAGGAGGUUGUUGACUAUCUAAUUGACCCUUUUGUUGCUGGAACAUGUGGUGGUGAUCCUGACUCGCUUUCAAUGCACCAUACAUUUCCAGAGUUGUGGAAUUUAGAGAAAAUGUUUGGCUCAGUCAUAGUUGGGGCAAUUCGAUCUAAGUUAUCACCUAAAAAGGAAAAGAAACAAGGGCCUCCCAAUACUUCAGUAAAUAAGAAGAGCCAGCGGGGAUCCUUUUCCUUCUUGGGCGGAAUGCAAACACUUACGGACGCAAUAUGCAAAGAUCUCAAAGAAGAUGAACUUAGGCUAAACUCUAGAGUUCUGGAACUAUCUUGUAGCUUUAGUGGGGACUCUGCGAUAGAUAGCUGGUCAAUUGUUUCUGCCUCACCACACAAAAGGCAAUCACAAGAAGAAUCAUUUGAUGCUGUAAUUAUGACGGCCCCGCUCUGUGACGUUAAGAGUAUGAAGAUUGCUAAAAGAGGGAAUCCAUUUCUGCUCAACUUUAUUCCUGAGGUCGAUUAUGUACCACUAUCUGUUGUUAUAACUACAUUUAAGAGGGAGUGUGUAGAGCAUCCCCUUGAGGGUUUUGGAGUGCUUGUACCCUCCGAGGAGCAAAACCAUGGUCUCAAAACAUUAGGCACCCUCUUCUCUUCUAUGAUGUUUCCAGAUCGGGCACCCAACGAUGUCUAUCUCUAUACUACUUUUGUUGGUGGAAGCCGGAAUAGAGAACUCGCGAAAGCCUCAAAGACUGAGCUGAAAGAUAUAGUAACUUCUGACCUAAAGCAGUUAUUGGGUGUUGAGGGAGAGCCAACAUAUGUGAAUCAUUUAUGCUGGAGUAAAGCAUUUCCACUGUAUGGUCGUAACUAUGAUUCAGUCCUUAAUGCAAUUGACAAAAUGGAGAAAAACCUUCCCGGAUAUUUCUAUGCAGGUAACCACAAGGGCGGAUUGUCAGUUGGCAAAGCAUUAUCUUCUGGAUGCAAUGCAGCAGAUCUUGUUAUAUCAUAUCUUGAAUCCGUGACAAAUGACACCAAAAACCAUUGCUGAAAUCUAUUUUCUCAUGCGGGUAACUCUAAAUCUCUCUCAUUCUCUCUGUUUCUAGUUUUUCUACAUUUAAUGAUCUCAUGUUGUUAUAACUUUUAGCUGAAACAAAAUUCAAAAUUCCCUUUCCUCCACCUUAUUGUCUAUUUUCCAAUUUGAGUACAAGUUCCCUGUUGCCAAAUUUGUGAUACGUGUGGAAUUUUGCACAUCCCCUGAUGCUGAUUGCUAAUUCCGUAUUGUUGUAGCUGAAACAAAAUGUUCCCUAUCCUCCACCUCAGCUUUUAGUUCUCCAUCGAAUUUGAGUGAAUUUCCGUCUGCCCAAAUUGUUGACUGCAUUACUUGUGGAGAGUUGCACAUUACCUUAUGCUGAUUGCUAAUUCCAUCUCAAUCCGAGCAUUCAUUUCCUUCAGCUUUCUAUGCUUUGGUAGGUAAAAUCGUUUGACUUCAUGGCGAGGAGCUACUUUGACACGGUGACGCAGCUCAAGCUUGAAACUGUCUUUCAGGGAUAGUUGCAUUUCUGAAAAAGGAACUCUGUACGUGUUUAAUUACACACUCGUUCUGGUAGCUGUUACUAAUAGAUGGUGGUGUAUCUUUAGCACAUUAAUAAGCAUUUUUGGUUUCUCCUCUCUCGUAUGAAAUUGCUAUAAGGGUUCCAUACAUUC